UGAUAUUGCCUAUUUCUCAGUACACUCAAUGUCACCAACAAUAAUUUUGCCAACUGGGGAGCCGUACUGUCUCAACGGUUUUUUAUCGCUUUCAAACAAGCAGGCAUUAACUCUACGCACAACGGGAUUCGCAGCAGCUAAACAAACCCAUGGCGCAACAUACAUAGCCCCACAAUGGAAUCCAACGAUAGACGUGCUCGCAGUUCCCGAAGGAAAAACGCUGAGGCUGGUACGGCUUAGUGGCGGGCAAACCAUAUGGCGACGAACGCUAAGCGACCAAUUUCAGACAAGCUCGGCCGGAGGUUCUGAUAAGCAAUUGAACGACGGCCAAACCAUACGCGCCAUUGCCUGGCAUCCGGACGGAUCUCGCAUUGCUGUUUUGCACGCUAACGGUCUGCUUGCACAUCGCGAUACUGAGUGCGGUGAUAUUGUGCACGAGUCAGCUACUCCACUUGGUCUGGGCGACCUGGUGACCAGCAUGCAAUGGACCAGCUGUAACGAUGUCGGUGAGCAGCGCGUUUCGGCGGACUUGGCUAACCUGCAGCUAGAGUUUUUUUUGCCUCGACUCAGUCAGCUGGACAAGAGUAAGUCAGUGCCCAGCGACAUCACCCCGACAGCUGAGCCCUUGACGGCCAUUGUAGUUACGGCGUCGACGGGCGCUGUUUGCAUAAGCCUUGGCGGCAUAUUUACACUGCCGAUUAUCCAAUUGCCCACAGCCAAGCUAUCAGCUUUGAUGUGCGGAGGCAGCACAUACACAGCAAUCAGUGCGCAGCUCGGCACCUGUGCCUCUGAGCUCUUUAUUAUGCUCUCUUCUGCUGGCAUUAGUGACAGCAACUCAGAAAUAAUUGUGCACAAGCUUGACACGUCGAUUCUGACAUCUUCGCCCUCGUCCUCGCCUCUUCUGCACAACCUGGUGGCAGUUUCUGCGCGGCUGUCGAGUCUAUGCUUGUACCUUGAAAACACAAGAGCCACAAUGGUCAGAGAGUUUGAGGCACGCGAGAUAAACGCGUCGCGAGCAUCUUUGGUGCAAUUGUUUGAGCGUGUGCUGCAAGACCACGGCGUUGAAGAGGCAACCAACCCUGCGGCUGAGCUUAUAAGGCUGGCAGUUACCGGUCGCGCCAGUGAAUCCACCGCGCAGUUCCUGCUAGCCAAACUCAAAGCUGCCAAGCUGGCCAACUGGGAGAGUGCCGGCAGACUGGGCGCUGUAAUGAUCACCAGGUUGGUUUAUCAGCAUGCUCUGCCGGCUGUUGAGCGCGCACUUCUGGCCACCACACAGCUGCUAAAACUUACACUUUCCGAAUCGCCCUCGUCUAACUGCCCCAGCGCAGGCCAGGCAGCGACAACAAGGGACUGCAUUAUGCGCGCAGUGGUUAUUUUUGGUUGGCUCUAUGGCCGCUUCGAAGAGUUCAUGGCAAAAGUACAUGACGAGCAGCGCGAAAACCAGGAAUUUGUUGAUUGGGCGCUGUUUUCAAUUGAGGAUUUAAAUUGGCAAAACGAUGGCUCACGCAGAAUUGGCCACGAGGAUGCUGAUGCCGAUGAUGGGUCACGGCCAGUUCGACCUGAAAUCGACUACAAGCUGCUGCUCCGCUUUAUUCGCACUGCUUUUUGCUGCCACAGCACCGCCAGCGAUUUUGAAACUGAGGAGAAGCCACUGCGCGAGCUAGCAACUGUGCUCACCUGCGAUAGCGAGGGCCAGGUGGGCCAGCGCAGCGCGCUUGUCCAGUCGUACUUUGACCUGCUGGUUGAGAACGCGCACAUCCAGGGACUCGAUUUUGAUCGCAUUGCCGGCCAAAAACCAGGCGUACAAAGGCAGAAUGAAAAUCGGCACAAUCUGUUUGCAUAUGUGUUUCACUCGCAACAGCUUUUGGAGUCAGCCAUCGAGUGCAGUGGAGUGUCGGGUGUCGCUCCUACGUGCCAAGAAGCUCUGGUGACUGCAAAAUCUUUGAUAGCGCAAGCACUUGAAUGGCCAUCGCGCAUGCUGGGCGAGGGUCUGCGGUGGGCAGAAGCACCUGCUGCCAGGUAUUUACCUGCUGUUGAGCAAACUGCCGAUAUUGUAGGCCGGAUUACGGAUUCCCACCAGGUAUCCAGUGCUGAUGGAAAUAUGGUUUUUAUGGCGACAGUUGCUGUUUCCGCCGCUCACACUCAGAUAUUGGAAAUUGUGUCGAUUCCUGCGGACAACAUGCUUGCAAGACCUGCCGAGGUUUCAGUUGUGGAGCUUGUGGUCAAAACUGGGGAAUUGGCUGAGCUAGCUACGCCUAUCAAUGUUUCUGGGUUAUCGUUCUUUGACGACAAUCUCCUCGGAUUGUCGUUCACGAUUGAUGGCUACGAUUCGACCUUCUUUGGCGUGAUGGAGUACCGACCUGGCUCUGGAAUGGUCCAUUAUCACACUGCGUCAUUUGAUGGCACAGAAUGCGACAUAAGGGCAAUAGCAAAAUCGACUUUGACUUUUGCAAGGCUGUCAGAGCUUAGUGCAGCCUCAUCAAGGUUUCCUACCGCAUUAGCCACUAAUGGUCGUAAGGGAAGAAGGUGUGUUGCCGUGAUCGAACAGCGUGGCAAGUUCUGGUGGCCGUAUGACAUGGACAACUCGGAGGAUGAAGGGGAAGAAGACGAGGACGAAGAUUUAUAAUUGAACAAAGUUGCAACAUACAUUAUUUUUAACAUUACAUCUUUUGGCUCGCAAUAUAUUUAUGCAAAUUAUCAGUUAAA